GUGGCAGCUGCUUCCAUGCAGAUUGUAAAAGUUAUUAAAGGAAAUGGUAUAAGUAAAACGAACUUUAGUUCUUUCGGUCAGUAUUAUAACGACUACACAAUCAUGGACACAGUAAAAGUACGUGGACUUCUCGCAGAUAUCGCUAAUGAACAAAACUAUGAAGAUUAUUCCAUCGAAAUAACUCCUAUAUCUUCUGGUGGAGCAAAUUAUACCUCAGUGUUAUUCACCGCUAAAAUUUCAGCACCAAACAAACAAGAUUUGGAACUCUUCGGCAAAGUUGCUUCAAUCAAUGCCCAGAUGCGGGAAGAAACACCAAUCUUGUUCUAUGAUAUAGAACGCUUUGCGUAUACGGAAUUAGCUAAAAUAUAUGAAAACAUUGAGCGAAAACAUGGCAUACCAAAAGAAGAUAGAUUGGUUUUAUCUAAGUACUAUGGGAGCAGUGCAGUGACUUAUGAAGAGACCAUCGUUUUUGAGAAUUUAAGUGCCAAAGGGUUCACAGUUCACGACAGAAUGAAAUCGGUUGAUUGGCAAUAUGCUUCUAAGGCUAUAGAAGUGUUAGCGAAAUUUCAUGCUCUCUCUAUGUGUUAUGCAGAAGAAUAUCCAGAAAGUUUUAAGAAGCAUCAAAAUAAAUUUUCGUUAGACUCUAUGUGCACUGCUUACUCUAAAGGUCUGGAAAUGUUCUUACCAUUUUCUACAGCGGUAGUGAAAGAUGAGAACAAAGAAAGAUACAAAAGGUUUUUUGACAAUGUAGACUUGAAACAAUUAUUCCAGCCUGUCGGCAAACCAGUGUUUGUGCAUGGUGAUUACAGACCCAGCAAUUUGAUGCAUAGAAAUAAUGAGGACAGUAGUCUUGACCUCAUCCCAGUAGAUCUGCAGACCUUACUGCCUGGUUCUGGAGUUUUGGACCUGUUCUACUUCAUCUUCACGGCCACAGACGGAGCUUUCAGGAAACAGUACUACAACAAUCUUAUAGACCAUUAUUACGCCACGCUCAGUCGCAUGCUGAGAGCAUAUGGUCUCAACCCUGAUAAAGCCUAUUCGAGGGAAGACUUCGACAACGAAUUAAAAGAGCGAAUCCACUUCGGCCUGGUGGCUACUGCGUUGACGUUGCCCCUGGUGACAGUGGAGGCGGAGGACGCACCAGAUGCGGCGGACCCCAGCUUCAAUGACCUCCAGAUGAAGACUGGCAAGACCUUGCCGGAGAGACUUAACGACAUUGUCGAUGAGUUCGUCUUGAGGGAUCUGUUAUAGUUAGAUAUAGAAAAUAAAUUAAUAAAUAAAAAGUCUCCAUCUUUUAAUAUGUAA